UUAUAACAUUCUCCCGCGUAUUUUUACCCGGCAUGUUUCCAAUUGCUUCCUUCACACAACUGUCAAUUGGUCUCAGAAUAUCCAUACGUGGAAACACAGCUGUUUAGUUGGUAUACUAAUCUCUGUGGAUUUUGUGUGAUGUGACAUCGGAUAGAGCUGGGGGAGAGUAUAGGUUUCGUAUUUUACAGGGCUAUAUUUGAUGAUUUUCUGGCGAAAGGUGUUGGUGCAAGUUUAAUUUCAACGUUCGAAGAAUAACAAAAAAUGUCACUAAUCCCAUUUUUUCGAAAUCCUAUUACGGAUCUAACUGGAAGUUUGGUCAGUCGUCAACAUUUCGAAAAAUGUGGAGAGUUUGAAAUGCGGAUGCUGCAAUGUCUGGAGGCUUAUGGCAUGGAUAGAGGAAAACAAAAGUGUGCUGAUCUUAUAGAAGAUUUCAGUGAAUGUCAAACAAAAUGGAAACAGGUGCUUCGUGUAGAUGCAAUGAGGAUUGAACGCAAUCGCCAGGUGAACCAAGGAGAAAGAAGUAAAGAUCAGAUGUUUGCUGAAGCUCCAACACAAGACAGUUUUUAAUUUAGAAUUGUAAUGUUAUGUUACUAAUACAAAAGAUUAUUAGAUUUACAUGAAAGGAGCCAGAUUUCCAAGCAAUGCUGAGACGUAUAUUGCGUGCUUUAUUAUUGAACUUUCAUCCAGAAAAUGAACAUUGUAUAUACGAGUAUGAAGGGAUUGAGAAAUAAUGACCGAAGUGUUUUAAGACGAGAACGAAUCUUGUACGACUCCAUGAUUAGUUCCUUAUGCUCUCAACAGAUGGCGGCGGUGGCGACGCCUCUGCGCGAUUUAGUAGUUUGGUUUGAGAGCUCACCUGUCAGUGCUGUCAGUUGUGGUCGCCGUUGCUCCUGCUCGUUUGCGCAAUUGUUAUAGAAGCAGUGCUAGUUUUUAAGUGUGUAGUUGUUUGUAGUGACUGAAAUUUUACCAAUUAACGUUAACAUUAUUGGUUUGCCGUAAUUGUGAGUAAUUUGUUAAAUAAAACAUUUGAAACGUUUGAGCGGCCUCGUGCUCAGGAGUACCAUAAGUAAUAUUUGACUUUUGAAUUUGGUGAUCGUAGUGUGAAUAGGAAUUUUAGUCUCGGCAGAAUAUAACUCUAUGUUAAGGUGAAGAAAGUGCUGGAACUUUUAUUUGUGACACAUAGAUCCUGUUUUGUACUUUCUGGCGCGUGAAGUAAAUCGGCCUACAUGACUAAGCCAAAACGCCCUAGAUUCCCGUCCAGCAGUGGCUCAGAUGACCAAGACUCCAGCUGCUCGGAUGUGGAGGGAUCAGGCACACCAGCUGGGCGGCGCACCAGUUCAAACCACAGUAUCUGCCAUUCUGGACAUGGCACAGUUCGGAAGAGGCGUGGUAAUCUCCCCAAACAUUCGGUCAAGAUUCUGAAACGCUGGUUGUACGAGCACCGAUACAAUGCGUAUCCUAGUGACGCGGAAAAGGCGAUUUUAUCACAAGAGGCCAGCCUCACUGUAUUACAGGUGUGCAACUGGUUCAUCAACGCCCGGCGCCGCAUUUUGCCGGAGAUCAUCCGGCGCGAGGGCCACGACCCGCAGCACUACACCAUCUCGCGACGCGGCAAGAAGACGGGCGGGGGCGGCGGCGGCCUGCGCUCGGCACAACCUGGGCUGGGCGGGGGCGGCGGCGGGCGGGCGGCCACGGCACCACGCACGCGCUGGGAAGGGGCCGCCGACGACCGGCGGCCCGCUGGCGCUUACGCCGCGCGCUCUACCUGGGCACGAGACAGCCCCAGCCCAGCCCUACCCUAUGCCCGCGAGCCACAGCUGGCAGCCUACCCAGCCCAGCCUGAGCGCGCGCCGAGCGCCAGUGCGAGCGCAGCCCCGCGACUAGGACGCAGCUGGCUCCGCGGCAGCGACACAGAAGAGGGCCCUGCCGCCGCCGCCCUGGCGCCCCAGCUCGCCCACGCCCACGCGCCCGCCCACGCGCCCGCCCCCGCGCCCUGGCCCGGCGUCAUCGUGUGCCGCUACGGCUGCGGUGACCAGGACGCGCCCGCGCACGCGCACGCGCCGCUCGCCGCGCAGACCUGUGAAACUGUGAUGUCAGAUGGCUUGGUGACACAUUCUGGAACAGAUUACUGGGCUGUUCCACACACAGCAUGCACAGGCAGCUUCUCUCCCCGAAGUGCUGCACAAGAGACUCCUCCACCCACCCCGCCAGAAGAAGCGGAAGAUGAUAAAUUCAAGUGCCUGUACCUGCUUGUGGAAACCGCCGUUGCUGUGCGGCAAAGGGAAUUAGAAAGGAGCAAUUGUGUUCUUAGUAUGUUGAUUCUUGUAACUGCUCAAACACCACAGGUUCACACUAUUGUAGAUAUUUUGCAUACAUUAACGUGGGUUUUUGAAGUACAGUUAGAGUGUUUGUUCUUGCAAGGUUGUGAUCAAAAUAGGAUAUGGUUUUACAUCAAAAUAAUGUAUUUAUUUUGUAUGUUAAAUUUCCAUAAAUUGGUAACCAUCCAACAUAGAGCACACAAAAUUUGCAAUAGAAUAAAAGUUGCUCCAAUAUUAAGUAAUAAGUGUUUAAUGACACUGACAAAUGUGAAGAUGAAUUUGUAUCUCUUAACAUCUCAAGAGGAAUAUAAGAAAGAUCUUUUUUCAGAAUACGAUGAUUUUUUUUUUUUUUGUUCCCACUUAAUAACAUGCCUAAAAGGAGAGAGAAAUAUGUUUUUAUGUCAUUAA